AUGACAAAUCAGCAGCAGCAACAGCAACGUCAAUCAACGUCAUCUUCCUCGCUAACAUUCGACAGGGACCGCCACGUGGCCUUCUUAGAGAUGAUUUUCCACAUGCUAUCUUACCAUUACCAAACAUAGGACACCAACCAUCUCUCUCUUGCCUACUUCGUUAUAUCCGGCCUCGACAUCCUCGGUUCCCUUGAUCGCGUUGACAAGGAUGCGGUUGCUGCUUGGGUUUUAUCUUUGCAAGCUAAUUCUGGAGAUAAAGCUGAAUUGAAAAAUGGACAGUUUUACGGGUUCCAUGGUUCCCAUUCUUCUCAAUUCCGUUCUGACAAUAACGGGAUUUUAAUUCUCAAUCACAGCCAUUUGGCAAGCACUUAUUGCGCACUAUCCAUAUUGAAGACUGUUGGCUCUAAUUUGUUAAAUAUCGACUCCAAAUUGAUAUCCAUGUCAAUAAGGAACCUUCAGCAACCUGAUGGGAGUUUUCUGCCUAUCCAUAUCGGUGCAGAGACAGAUCUUCGAUUCAUAUACUGUGCAUCGCCCAUCUGUUAUAUGUUGGAGGACUGGAGUAGCAUGGAUAGGGUGAAAACCAAGGAGUGCAUCUUAAAAUGCCAGUCAUAUGGUGGGGGCUUUGGGAUGAUUCCUGGUUCAGAAUCUCAUGGUGGUGGAACUUACUGUGCAGUUGCUUCUCUUCAUCUGAUGGGAUUUAUUGAACAUGAUGUCCAGUCAAAAAGUGCAGCAUCGUCUAUCAUUGACAUUCCUUUGUAUGGUGCUGACAGAGGCAAGCAGCUGAGGGUGGAUUCCAAGGGAGAGCUAACAAGCCUAGUGACACAUGCUAUGCAUUUUGGUAUGUGUAAGAACACCUUCCAGAAGUUUGCGUCGCAAGAGGCUUUUUAUCUGUGCUUUGACAAGGGCAGCCUGCUUGUGCAGGGUUGGGGCAGUUUUGAGGUUCUCAGGAGGAUCCAAGUUGAUUGUUUGUUGGGAAAGCUUUGUGCAGAUUUUUGCUCACCUGUCAAUCUGACGUACUGAUGCUUGUCAUUCCACUUGGUCACCUUGCCUGUGGUCGAUAUAUGAUACAGUUGAUAUAAAGUUCUCUCCCAAGGACUGUUAUUCACAUGUCCUCCGCAUAUGUUUGAUUGUGGGUCUUCCCCUAAUACACCAAAAAAUGGAAACUGCAUGACUGGUGUUGAAACAGAAUGGAGAAUAUAUCUGUUAAUCCCUGAAAACUCCCAGGGGAAACGAAUGUAAUUCUGACAAAAAAAAAAUCAAAGACAAAAUAGAGGUAAAAAGUAUGGUGCCGCCCAUAAGAUGUCAACAGUAGCUAUCACUCGUGUUCAUAUAUGUGAAUUGUCAUGUGCCAUGUGAAUGACAUCUCAGUGCUCCCUUGAUAGAUAUUGUAUAUUUUCCUUUAGGCGAUGUAUUAUUUUUGGUUUCUAAUGUUCUCUGGCUUAAAUUGUUCCUGGACAAUUAUGGUGAUUUCAGUAAAUUCCAUGAUGAGCUACCGGAUCUAUAUCAUGAUACACUGCAUUCAGCCUUUUGGAAGAACCUGGGCACAAUGCACUGUCCGUUGAGCUGGAAUUACAGGUUUUGCUGCCUUAAGGAAUUUGACACCGUCUUUUUCUCAUGUGUUUGCAACGUCAUCUGAAUUUGUUCGCCCAUAUCAGAUUGGAGAUAGGUGGCAAUAAAUAGUUAUUUAUUCAAGUAAAA